UUUAUGGUGUACCGGUGCAAAUAUGGAGUGUAUGGGAUUUCGUCGCGGUGUACGACUUUAGAGGGAGAAUGCUGAAAGGGGUGCUUGAAAACGGAACCAACACAGGAAGCUCAUUAAGUUACGCCCCGGGGUCUCGACUGCUGUUUUGUUGCAGUUUACUGCCCACUCCAACACCAAAUCAUAGCGUACUUCAAGCUGAAAGGAAUUCAUGUAAUUUACCGUGGGAAUAUUCAAUGUAUGGAAACCAUGCAAGGAAUUCUGGUAAAAGUUGGUAGAGUACCACAAAAGAGGGUGAUAUUGUCGAUUUGUUCAGUUCAACUUGUCUCCUUGACAAGAACCCAAUGAUGUCAAAUACUGUAUAAAAUACAAGUGUUCAACAAAUAGAAAACUCCGUCUAAAGUGGUUUUCUUGGUGAGAGAAAUCGGAUCUUCGUGACCCACGAUUUGAGGCUAAUGGCGGUCGAUAUAUCCGGCAAAUCCCCCGACGAUCGAAAGAUAAAGGACCUUCCUUACUGGAGGAUGCUCGACGUUAGCCGAGAUAUUAAUUGUGACCGAUAACGCUGUAAAUCGUACCACCUUCAUUCCUCCUUUUCAUCCUCUUCCUCAUUUUCCCCCCAUCAACCCUUUCCCCUUCAAAAAAAAAAAAAAAAAAAAAUUCGCCUACUGUUGUUAAACUCAUUUGUAAAAAAGACGCCUUCGCGCGACGAAAAAAAAAAGAAGAGGAUUUUAAAGAUUUCCUCUUCUUUAUCAAUUUGUGUAUAUUUGUGUAUGUGUGUGUGUGUGUGCGUGGUGUAAAGUCAGAGGAUUAAGAUGAAUCGAAUUCAUUUGUAAAAUGGCAUCACUCCCCCGUGUGGUUCUCGUGUUGUUGGGAAUUGCUUACCUGUUACGCGCAGAUUCAUCAUUCGACAAUGACAUUAUGGCUGGUCUAAGCAUACCUGAUGACUAUGAUGAAAGUAAGGAAGAUAAUACAGAUGGCGAUGAUGAAAGAUAUACAACGCGAAUGUCAAAAAAUCUCGUUCAAGAGGUGACAGCAAUUGUUGGUCAAAUUACAACUCUUUUAUGUAAUUUCGAGGAUCCAGGAAAUCGAACUGUAUCUUGGAUAAGAAAAAAAGAUUUACAGAUAUUGACAUCAAUGUACAUUACAUAUACUAGUGAUGUAAGAUUUAAAAUUAUUACAAAUAUAAGUUAUACGCCAGCGCAAGAAAAUUCCAGUAUCUGGAAUCUUCAAAUAGAUAAUGUCCAGCCGAGGGAUGAGGGUAUUUAUGAAUGUCAACUUAGUACGGAGCCCAAAAUACACAAAGCUAUUUAUCUUAAAAUUUUAGACGUCCAAGCUAAAAUUUUGGGUCCCGAGGAAGUUUUUGUGAAAAAAGGCAGUACAAUCAGUCUAACUUGCAUUGUUAAUGCACAAGACAUUGCACCAAGUAACGUAACUUGGUGGCACGCUGGAUUUAUCAUUGACUUCGACAGUCCCAGAGGGGGAGUAUCGUUGGAGACAGAGAAGGCCAAAGGUGGAACGACGAGCAAGUUGCUGAUAACGCGUGCUUCUCUCAAUGACAGCGGUAAUUAUACUUGUGUCUCAAGUAAAGCAGCACCUGCAAGUGUCAUUGUUCACGUAUUAAACGGUGAACAUCCAGCGGCAAUGCAGCACGGUGGAGGAAAUAAGCUCAUCUUAAGGACAUUUUCGAUCAGCCUCACUCUCAUUUUGACUCUAUUUUGGGCGCUUUAGUUAAGGACGCCAUCACUAGAGGGAGCGUUUUUAGUUGAGGACGCCAUCACUAGAGGGAGCGUUUUAGUUGAGGACGCCAUCACUAGGGGGAGCGUUUCAGUUGAGGACGCCAUCACUAGGGGGAGUGUUUUUAGUUAAGAACGCCAUCACUAGGGGGAGUGUUUUAGUUGAGAACGCCAUCACUAGGGGGAGUAUUUUAAUUGAAGACGCUACCACUAGAGGAACGCCACAGAGUUUAGAACUAUAAUUCUUUAUAUUCUAUAAAAAAAAUUCUUUAUUCUACAAAAAAUUCUUUUAAAACGAAAAUUCUAACAAUUUAUAAAGCCGCACCGACAUUGAUUAAAAAAUGAGUAAAAAUUUUAACUAUUUUAAAUUAAACCAAUUUACAAAUACUCAAAUAGCGAAUAUAUUGUUUUAUA